UCAGCCUCUCUGUCCUCUGUUCCAAUCCUCCCCGUCGCUGUUUGUUCUUCGAUGUUGUUGAAUGUUUGUCGUCAGAAGAAGAAGAGUUUCCCCAUGUCCCGAUCAGGUUUAGCGUCCGGACCUCGUGCAUAUCCUUGCGCUAGUCCUCUUUCGGAUUAGCGGCUGCAGGUCCGUCCGCUAGGCGCUAGUCCUGAUUGGGACUUAGAGUUUUAAGCCGCAGGUCCCGUGCUUGGCCCAGACUGGCGGGACAGAAAGAGAGAAAAUCUUCGCCUUUUCGCUAACGCUGACACUUACACUUACAUCAAUUAGCCAGCGUCGAUACGCCACCACGUUGUCGUGUCGCUCGUACAGCAGAUUGCUGACAAGGGAGGAAACUCUGAUUUGCCUUUGAUUGCGACUUGUUUUGGUGACUUCGGCCAUGGCAUUUCGAGGUGAGAGGUUUCAUAUUGACCUCUCAGACGACGAGGACGCAACAGCUCCGGCAACAGCUCCAACAGCUUCUAUUCCAUCUCUCAGCAGCUUCGUUAGCGAUAUACAAGAACGUACACCUUCCGCGCCUACUCCUCCCUCUGCCCCGACUCCCAAGUCAACCCUUACCUCAACCGGCUUCCCGGCACAUCGCAAACGCAACAAGGUAUCUGCCUUCAAACGGCAGCGUGAAGGUGCAAGCGCAGGCACUGAAAAUGACAAACCCGCGGUAAAAGAUAAUACGGAAGCCGAUGAGAAAAGGGCUAUUGAUGAAGAAAACAGGCGAAGGAUAGAGGCUAUGUCGGAGGCCGAAAUCAAUGCUGAACGGGCAGAGCUUACGGCUUCCUUGCCUGCAUCACUCAUUGAAAGACUGCUAAGAAGGGCAAACAUCGAAGAAGAUCGCCAGGAAACACAAGGCAAGGAACGAGAGAUACCUAAACAACUAGAACCGAGCUCUUCUGAUAUGCCGGAUGAAAAGCCGAAGAAGUCAGUUUCGUUCGACAUGCCAACUCCUCGCCAGGCUACGGUAGAAGAAGUUAAAGACGACGAACGGGAACAGACAUUUACCCAUCCAGAUGACCUCCCACCGUCAAAUCCGCCUCCUGGGUUACAUCCGGCCUCCCAGCCGCCGCCGCCAAUCCAUUUUCCUCGUCCCCCGCCUCGCUCUGAGCCGAUGCCAAAUCUCGAUCCAUCAUCAACUUCGUUCCUUUCAGAUCUCCAAAGGCACUACUUUCCCGACACCCCUCACUCCGCCUCUAGCUUAUCAUGGCUACGAUCCUCUGACUCCGAUUCCGACCCGUCAUCUGCCUACCACCCUUCCAGUACCGCCACUUCUAUUGCCCCAGCAGCACUCCGCUUCUCACUUAAAGGAGCCAUACUCGCACCCCGAACUUCGCUCUCCAUCCCACCAUCCAAGGGUCUCCAUCACCAUGCUGCUGAUCCAGAGGCGGCAGGAUAUACUAUUCCAGAACUCGCCAUUCUCUCACGUUCCACGGUACCUGCUCAGCGGUGUCUAGCCUGGCAAGUAUUGGGCCGCGUGCUCUACCGCCUUGGCAAAGGAGAGUUCGGUGAGCAAGACACCCCGUUGGUUAAUGGACUAUGGAGUGUGGUUGAACGAGAGGCUGUUGUGGCUGGUAUGCUCUCUGAGGCUGGAGCGGAUGCAAAUAUUGAUGUUGAUGGAAAGAAAGAAACCUCAUCAGAUGGUAAACCUACUACAGUUCAAGCAAAGCCUGGAGGUAUUGGACGACAUGCCAGCGCCAGAGCAUGGGCUACAGAGGCGGUCUGGCUCUGGCGGCGAGGAGGGGAUGGAAAAAGAGGCCUUAGGCGGGAGUCAGAAGCCAUUUAA